GGCCAAGGAAAAGAUUUACCAUCACCAGGCUGCUGAUUAAAUCAUUAAUGUAACUCUGUCUAAAAAAAACCCCACCAACAAACGCAGGAUGCUGAGCCUUUGUUACUGCAAGUAGGUUUCCGAAACCACACCCUGAGCAGUCAGCAGCUGCCCAGAACCGGAUCACUGCCGGGAAUAAAAAUGAUGCAGUGCAGGGCCAUGAACCGGCGGUGCCAUUUCUGGAUUCCCUAGCCUGUUAGAGGAAGUGGGAAAAUGAGAUGCUUAAAUGGUAGCACUUUAGUCUAUAUUUGGUGAACAAAUCUUCAGGAUCGACCCUCGCACACAAGUGCUGGGGAACUGAUGCAAUUUCGUGUGCCUUCCUAUUUGUUUCUCUGCAUUUCCUACUUAAGGAUGUUUGGGACUUUGCCAGUGCACCUGAUUGGAAAACAAUGCCUAUAUUUUCUGAUUCAAGAUGGAGAUUUACAAUAGUCCUUGCGCUGUGUAAUCUGGCUCCAACCCAGGGAGGCGAGCCUGACGAGCUCAGAAGAAACCCAACCCAACAGGAGCAGCAUCAAGAAUCCACCCUUCUCCUGCACAACUCACACCCCUCCCAGCUCCAGAACACUGACUUUCUCAGAUAAAAAUCUUACCCCUUCAAGAAGCCAGGACUCCUCUAAAAGAGACACAUACAAAAUAGUAUAUAUACAUAAUAAAGGCUAAUCCAGCAGCAGCAGGAAAAAAAAGCCUCCUGCACAAUUCACUUCCAUACUGAAUGCUAAAAUCCUGAGGUAAAAUCUUUCCAUAUUGACUGCAAAGGCUCCUUUGAACAGGACACAAAUAUAUAUUGAUUAUAUAGAAUUUACUGAAUUAUUCCAGACACUGGCACAGUUCUACUGUAUUCUCGUGCUCUGGAGUGAUUAAAUAUCAGAAAAAGUUAAUGGAGCAAAGCAGCAAAAGAUCAGGUCUUUUGAAUGGGAGGUUUAUUUUUAAAAAAUUUUCAGAUGGUUCUCUGGAUAAAAGGACGGUUAUCUGUAUCUAUUGCCAGGCUGAGUUCCAGUACCAUCGAAGUACUUCAAGUCUGCAGUACCACUUACGUGCUAAACAUGCUUUUGCCUCCAGUUCUUGUGCUACAGAUAACCCACCAACAGCCAAUGAAUCCAUCCAACCGCAACAGAGUACACUUGCAGAGUUUCAGGAUCGUUACAAGCCCAUGGAUCAAACGAAGUACAACACCUUAACCAAUGCUAUUGCAAAGUGGGUAGCUAUGGACUGCAGACCACUCAACAUUGUAAAUGACAGAGGGCUAAGAGAUAUUAUUCAAAUUGCAUCUUCCAAUCAGUUAUACACUUUGCCCUCCGAAGGAACCAUUGCAUCACAAAUACAUGAUCUAUAUAACAACGAGAAGACUACAAAGUUGGAGCUUUUGAAAAAUGCACUAGCUGUUGCUUUGAGUGGUGAUCACUGGACGUCCUUGGGCAAUCACAGCUAUCUUGGAGUCACAGCACACCUGAUUGAUGCUUCAUGGACCCUGCAGUCAUUUGCUUUAACUGUAAUGCAUACUGAAGAGAGAGAUGCUGAAUCAUGUGCAGAGUGUUUCUUGGAUGUUGCAAAAGAAUGGAAUAUUCAAGAAAAAGUAACAACAAUUAGUACUGACAGUGCACAUAGUAUGAUAGCAGCAGACAGUCAUUUGCCUUUUGAACACAUGACAUGCAUCGCUCACAGUCUGCAGCAAUCCAUUACAGUAGCACUCAGUGAUGGUGGUUUUGAAAACAUACUGGAAAAAUGUAGAAAACUUGUGGGCCAUUUCAAACACAGUCCAAUUAACAAUACAGAGCUAGGAAUACAACCAGCUGCAAAGGGACAGAAACAAGAACCUCUUGUUCAAGAUAUUUCAACAAGAUGGAACUCCACAUUGGGUAUGGUUCAGCACCUGCUUUGCAAUAAAGCCACUAUCACAGCCACAUCAGCACUUCAAAAACAGAAACUAUCAGUGCCAACAGGUAAGGAUUUUGAAAAACUGCAAAAGCUAGAAACACUACUUGAGCCCUGCAGGUUUGUGACUGAACUCCUUGGCGGAGAAUUGUAUGUCUCCUGCUCUGUGGUUUUACCCGCAUUCUGCCAUAUAUUUAGUGUUAUGGAAGUCUCAGAUGACGACCCAGAAUAUGUUAUUCAGUUUAAGAACACUUUCACUGCAGAUCUGACAAAACACAAAGAAGGUACCAAUAUGAGAUUUCUAAAGAUAGCUACAGCACUUGACCCAAGGUUUAAGCAUCUGAAGUGCCUUCCAAAAUCUGAAAGGGAUGAGGUGUGGAACAUGAUGUCAGAAGUCUUAAAAGAGCAACACUCCAAUGCGGAAACUACAGAACUUGAACCACCAAAAAAGAAAAUGAACCUUCCAUUGGUGGCAGAUGAUGAAAAUGAAUGUGCGUCAGUCUGCACUGCUUUGGAUCGUUAUCGAGCAGAACCUGUCAUCAGCAUGGAAACAUGUCCUCUGGAAUGGUGGUCGAAGCAUGAAGGGGCAUACAAAUGUUUAGCAUAUGUGGCACGUAAAUACCUUGCAACGCCGGCUACAGCAGUGCCAUGUGAACGCCUGUUCUCACUUUCAGGUGACAUUGUAAAUAAGAAGAGGGCAGCAUUAUCUCCCGUAAAUGUAAACAAACUUGUUUGUCUUAGCGAUUGGCUGAACAAGAAGUAGGACUGAGUGGACCUGUAGGCUCUAAAGUUUUACAUCGUUUUAUUUUUGAAUGUAGUUAUGUAAAAAAAAAAUUACACAUUUUCACAAUAAAGAUUGCACUACAGUACUUGUAUGAGGUGAAUUGAAAACUACUACUUUUGUUUAUCUUAUUUAUAGUGCAAAUAUUUGUAAUCAAAAACAGUAGUAUAAAGUGAGCACUGUACACUUUGUAUUCUGUGUUGUAAUUGAAAUCAGUGUAUUUAAAAAUGUAGAAUACAUCCACUUAAUCGCACUGUUUAACAGUGUGAUUAAAACUGCAAUUAAUCGCAACUAUUUUUUUAUCUCGUGAUUAAUCACAAUUAAUUUUUUAAUAAUUUCACAGCCCUAAAACUAGCAUAAGAAAGUACUUCUUCACACAAUGCACAGUCAGCCUGUGGAAAUCAUUGCCAGAGGAUGUUUUGAGGGGGCAUGGCCACCCGCUGAGACUGACGGGGAGGAACCCCAGCAACCCCACCGGAAGCAGAGGGGUAGGGACAGGAAAUAUAAAAGGUAGGGCCUGAAGCUCAGUUGGGCUGGAUCUGCUGGAGGUGAUGGACAGCUCUCGUCCACUACUGUGUCUCUCAAGCCAGACAAAGACUGCUACAGCGCUGAGGUCCUGGAAAAGCUGCCAGAGCUGUCUGCCACCAGGGACACCAAGGAGCUGCUAGGACUGCCAUUAGCAGUAUACCCCAGGGAGAUGGAGGACGACCCCGAGCCACAGAUACACCUUAAGGGGAAUGUCGGAAGUAGCCCUGAGACACUAGACUAUCGUCUGGUUGUGUCAUUGCCUGAAUCCAGUCUGCAUGUUUUGGCUGAAUCCCCACUGAUCCAGUGGCUGAACCCUCUGCCACUGUUAGGGGCCUGGGCUGGGUUCCAGUGCAUAGGAUGGGCCCAGGUUCCCCUACUCCUCUGCUGCCAAUCCCACCCCGGGGUGGCAGCCUCCUCACUCUAGGCCAAGAGGCCUGUGUUUGUCUGCUGUCCGCAAGAGCCAGAACGUCAGGACAUGUGUGUUGUACUCUGCCCUGCCUGAGGGCCUAAGCCCCUAGACUGUGUCGUGUUCCCCCCUUCCUGAGGGCCAGAUCCCCUAGACUGUUUUUCACUCCACCCUGCCUGAGGGCCUGAGCCCCCUUGAUUGUUGGGUGCCCCACCCUGCCUGAGGGCCUGAGCUCAUUAGACUUUCUGUCCUGCCCCACAUGAGACUAUGGCUCCGGGCUGCUUGACACCUGACCCUGCCUACACAACUGGGGCCUUAGAGACUGUUAAUUACCCCAAUAACCUUUGCCUUGGUAGAGAUCCAAGAUCGAGGGGGCAUGGCCUCUCUCCAAGACUGACAGGAAGGGAUGGCCACACAUUCCUACAGAGCCAUAAGAAUAACUUGGUUAAAAAAAAUUAGAUAAGUUCAUAGAGGAUAAGUCCAUCAAUGGCUACUAGUCAAGAUGGUCAGAGAUGCAACCACAUGCUCUGGGUGUCCCUAAACUUCUGACUGCCAGAAGCUGGAAUUGGAUGACAGGGGAUGGAUUGAACACUCAAUAACUGCCCCGUUCUAUUCAUUCCUUCUGAAGCAUCUGGCACUAGCCAUUGUCAGAAGACAGGAUACUGGGCUAGACAGACCAUUGGCUUGACCUUAGUAUGACCAUUCUUAUGUUUUUAAUUAACAAGUAAUUGAAUUGAACCAGAUGGAUAGACAGAAAUGGUUAAAAUAUUUUCUCUACACCUGCUGUCAAAAACUGGUUCAGUACUUCAAAAAACUGUGGUUCCAAAUUCUUAGCCAGUGAUUUCCACCAGUUCAGUGGGUUGUAUUUCUUCAAAACCUGACAGCAAACAUGUACUGCUUAACAUUAUUUUUGCAUUUAAUUGCAGUCCUGGCUUGACAUAAGUAACUUGCUUCUUUCUUAGUGGGCAUCAUUGGAAAGGUUAAGUUGCCAUAACAAGCAUUAUGCUGGAGUCAGGAUAGCCAGCUAAGAUCAGCAGGAACAUUCUGGUAUUAAUAAACAAGCCUAAAUGUAACAUAAAGUAGAGGUCAGAUCAUGCAUGAACGCAUGGACAGAGCAUGCUGUACAGGGAUUGGUUUCUACAGAGUAACCAAGCCAAUCCCAAAACAUGUGAUGCAAAGUAUAGUAAAUGCAGUGUGAUGUGUACACGUAUAUAAAGGAAGAGGUUUUCUGUGUAACUUUGGAUGUGUGGUAUGCCCUAUACCCACCUCCUACACUUGAG